GCUUAACAAAAGUAAAAAAAAAAAAAAAAAACAACCUACAAGCGCCACAGGCUUACUGUCUCAACUUUCAGAGCAAACCACAAAAAAAAAUUUUUUAAAUAAAGGAAAAGGAUAUUUUUGUAACUACCGGGCCUGUAAAUUCAACCUGAAAUUGAACUCAAACUAGUAGUAACUUAUGGUUACUUUUUAGACUACCACUGCACUUCAAAGCUGAAUCAGUGCAUAGCUUAACAAAAGUAAAAAAAAAAAAACAACCUACAAUGUUGAUGAUUUACAAGCAAUUUUGAAGCUGAUAAUGGAACACUUUACAUUCACAGUUUCAGUCUAGUUUUGUAUGCAGGAUGGUGUACGAGGUAUGGUCAGCAGUUACAGACAUCACUUUUGUUCUGAUCAGCAUGCUGAUAUUAGGCACAUCCACAUAAUCCAUUCAGCUUGGGCCUGCCUACAAUAAGUGAAGAAACCGUUGAAGGGACGCUGCAUAAAAGGGUUGAUUGUGUUGCUUCACUUUGCAGCAGUUUAGUAUGUAGAAUAUGGAUUUUUUUUCUUUGCAGACCCUCUUUUUAUGCUUCUGAAACACAGUUCACCAUACAACUAAACUCCUGAAGCACCUCUCCCAUAGUGACUUGCACCUUUCAAAAGAUGCAGGAGAUUUUUGUAUGAUCUCCAAAUGUGAAAGGGUGUAUUGUGUGAUAAGUUAAAAGAACUGAUUGAGCCAGUCAGUGCAGGUACAAUACUUGUGGCUUCCUUCCCUCACAGGGGAGAAACCACUGUAGACUUCACCAGCUCAGUUUGGCCUGGGCUGAACACUUGCUCCCCAGCAGAAAUGGGAAAACUUGUUAAUAAGCUUGCUAGCCAUAUGUCCACAAAAAAGAUGAGGGGUGCAUCAGCGAGCUCCGAAGACAGUGCCGUGGUGAGAAAUCCUUUAUCCACCCCAAGCCUCUAGGAAGGAAGCAGGUGCUAACAGAUCCUGGAUCUUGCUUGGGCUUUCCAUCCUUUGUAUCAGCCUCUAGUUAGCAAGGCAUUUGUAAAUGGGGACAUUUCUCUUCCCUCCAUGCUCCAACCUGACUACUUAAAUGGAAGCUUUCUCCUCCCUCCUUCUGUCUCAAUUACUCUCCUCUUCCUGGCAACCUCUAUUUUUUUGGAUGGGGGGAUAUCCCCCAAAAAUUUUCAAGUACCUGGCUCUUCUUAUAGUUUUUCUAAGCAGUAUAUAAUUCUUGUCAAUUUUGUAGCUGCUUACAGGAUUUUGUAUUCCAGCAAUGAAACAGUCUAGAACCUUGUUAAUUUCAUGCUGCUUGGGGAAUUAUUUUUUCCAAGUCUGCUGACAACAUUGUAUUCCUUCAUUUUAAAAGUUUUCCUGGGAAUCAUAAGGGCACAAAACUGCUUUAAGACGAGUGAACCGCUUCACUCCCCAGGCCAAACUUCUCAGUGUUCAAGAGCAGUGACCCUUUGGCCUUCUUAUUCUCUCGUUCCAAUUGUUGGACUCUGUUCUUGUCAUGCAUCUAGGGCGGUGCAUGUAUGGACACCAAGCAAGUAUUGUAGUUCAAGUUAUUUCAAGCAAUAGCUUCUUACAGUGCUUUUGCAUGUUGUGUAAAAAUGGCUUUGAGUUGGAAACUUCUAUUAGAAGUGGUGUUAAAUGACUAAGGCAUUGACAUUUCUGAUAGAAAUUCCAUUCCAGACAGAAGUUUUUCCAAAGCUAACAUUUAUUUUUUUUGCAGCUGAUUUUGAAAUCUCUUUGGCAUCAUGACUAAGUUGUUCAGCUUACUCACUUUAACUUCUCACAAAGUGUGGGACCUGUUAUUUAAAGAGGUUAUGUGUUGCUGAGAUAGCAGUCGUUAGCAUCAUUGUGUAUAAAUGAGUUGAUAGCUGUGGUAGGGCUUCAAAAAUAUUUUGGAGGGGGUGAAGUGUCAUACCAUAUGUAGAGAUGUUCUGGUGACUACUGGGGAUGUUUUCCUUAUUCCCAUAUUGAUUCAUAGUUUCAAUAACAAACAAGUUAAAUUAUUUAAAAAUUGGGAUUAAUUUCUACUGUCUUUUGACUAUUGGAAUUUCAAAAUAAGUUUGCUGCCUUGUCUCUUCUCCCCUUCCCAAACCUCCCCACUGCCCAUUUCUUGGAGAAAUUGUCCUCUUUCUCAAUGCCUUACUAUCUUUCUUCAGUCAGCGAAUCAGGAGAAUCCUGCAGAUGAUCAGUUAUUACUAUUUCAGUAUGCAGGUGUAAUUUUGCUGUGUGAUCUUCCUUCUUUGAUAGUCUUAUGGGGGAGAGAUGAAAUUGGGAGAGGCAAGGAGAAUGCGAUAUUGGGGAAUGAAGGUUUUAAUUGCACUGGGGCUGAAAAGGCUCAAGAAUAUAACUUUCCUCUGUAUCUUCCCACAGCAAAAACAUAUAUUUAAAUUCUUCAACACUCCUUUAAUUUUAUUUCUAUUAAAAUCCUCCAUCACAACUGGCUAGGAUCACAAAAUAUUCUUCUGGCCAAGAGAAUUUAAUUAGCUGCAGCUCUUUUCAGUGCCUGUCCUUAUUUCUUAAAUGACUGCAGGGGUUGCCUCUGAGUUAUGGAACAUAUUGUUCUCCAGGUUUAAGCAACUAGGCAUCUUCAGCAGUGUCAGCUUCUGCUGACACAUGUAUUGGGCUCACAGACUUUGUUAGGUUUCCCACAGGUUAGCGCAGAACAUACCACAAGACCACCAAUCUAGCUCAUCUAAGUUUGGACGUUAAACGCUUCCUCCAUAAGCUAUUGCGGAAUAGUUUUAAAUUAUCAAAAUAUUUCAAAAUUGUAUUGCUGUUGGAAAACUACCUGUCCUGAGAGACAAGUCCAGGAAGACUUCAGUUUUUUUCCAAGUAACUAAAUCAGCAGAUUGGCCUCUUUUGGAAAACAAACUUAAAGCAUUCAGUAUUGGCAAAAUGAGUGCUGCCAAGAGGACUUUAAGUAAGAAGGAACAAGAGGAGUUAAAAAAGAAGGUAAUGGAGGAUGAGAAGGCAGCUGCAGAAAUUUAUGAAGAAUUCCUUGCUGCCUUUGAAGGAAGUGAUGGUAAUAAAGUGAAAACAUUUGUAAGAGGAGGAAUUGUUAACGCGUCUAAAGAUGAACAUGAAACAGAUGAAAAACGAGGUAAAAUCUACAAACCUUCAGCACGAUUUGCAGAUCAAAAAAAUCCGCCAAAUCAGCCAUCCUCUAAUGAGAAGCCUCCAUCCCUUCUAAUGAUAGAAACCAAAAAGCCUCCUUUGAAGAAGGGGGAGAAAGAAAAGAAAAAGAGCAAUUUAGAACUCUUCAAAGAAGAACUAAAACAAAUUCAAGAGGAGCGUGAUGAAAGGCAUAAAACAAAAGGUAGAUUAAGUCGUUUUGAGCCACCUCAGUCAGAUUCAGAUGGCCAGCGCCGUUCCAUGGAUGCUCCUUCAAGAAGAAACAGAUCUUCUGGUGUACUGGAUGAUUACGCACCAGGCUCACAUGAUGUUGGAGAUCCAAGCACAACGAAUUUGUACCUUGGAAACAUUAAUCCUCAGAUGAAUGAAGAGAUGUUAUGUCAAGAAUUUGGGCGCUUUGGACCAUUAGCUAGUGUUAAAAUUAUGUGGCCAAGAACCGAUGAGGAAAGAGCAAGAGAAAGGAACUGUGGUUUUGUUGCCUUUAUGAACAGAAGAGAUGCUGAACGAGCAUUAAAGAAUUUAAAUGGCAAGAUGAUUAUGUCCUUUGAAAUGAAGCUAGGUUGGGGCAAAGCUGUACCGAUUCCACCACACCCAAUAUACAUUCCACCUUCCAUGAUGGAACACACCCUCCCACCACCUCCAUCAGGACUGCCUUUUAAUGCUCAGCCUAGAGAGAGAUUGAAGAACCCUAAUGCUCCCAUGUUACCACCACCAAAAAACAAGGAGGAUUUUGAGAAGACUCUGUCGCAAGCCAUAGUCAAAGUGGUUAUCCCAACAGAAAGGAAUUUGCUCGCAUUGAUACAUCGAAUGAUAGAGUUUGUGGUACGUGAAGGGCCUAUGUUUGAAGCCAUGAUCAUGAACCGAGAAAUCAACAAUCCAAUGUUCAGGUUUUUGUUUGAAAACCAAACUCCAGCCCAUGUAUAUUACAGAUGGAAGCUUUAUUCAAUUUUACAGGGAGAUGCCCCAACCAAGUGGAGGACAGAAGAUUUUCGUAUGUUCAAAAAUGGAUCAUUUUGGAGGCCACCACCAUUAAAUCCAUACCUGCAUGGGAUGUCAGAAGAGCAAGAAACUGAAGCGUUUGUAGAGGAACCUAACAAGAAGGGUGCACUUAAGGAGGAGCAGAGAGACAAAUUAGAGGAAAUCCUGCGUGGAUUAACGCCUCGUAAGAACGAUAUUGGCGAUGCAAUGGUUUUCUGUCUUAAUAAUGCUGAAGCUGCUGAAGAAAUUGUAGACUGCAUUACUGAGUCAUUGUCCAUUCUGAAGACUCCUCUUCCUAAAAAGAUUGCAAGAUUAUAUUUGGUGUCGGAUGUGUUAUACAACUCUUCAGCUAAAGUUGCCAAUGCUUCAUAUUAUAGAAAAUUUUUUGAAACAAAAUUAUGUCAGAUAUUUUCUGAUCUCAAUGCUACCUACCGUACAAUACAAGGCCAUUUACAGUCUGAAAAUUUCAAGCAACGGGUAAUGACAUGCUUCAGAGCAUGGGAAGACUGGGCGAUUUAUCCAGAACCCUUUUUGAUCAAACUGCAGAAUAUUUUCUUGGGGCUUGUAAAUAUUAUAGAAGAAAAAGAAAUAGAGGAAGUACCAGAUGAUCUUGAUGGAGCUCCCAUUGAGGAAGAGCUUGAUGGUGCACCACUGGAAGAUGUAGAUGGAAUUCCUAUUGAUGCUGCUCCGAUAGAUGAUCUUGAUGGAAUCCCCAUUAAAUCACUUGAUGAUGAUCUUGAUGGUGUACCUUUGGAUACUUCUGAAGAGUCUAAAAAGAAUGAGCCCAUAUUCAAAGUUGCCCCUUCAAAAUGGGAAGCAGUGGAUGAAGCAGAAUUGGAAGCUCAGGCUGUUACAACUUCUAAAUGGGAGUUGUUUGACCAGCAUGAAGAAUCAGAAGAGGAAGAAAAUCAAAAUCAAGAAGAAGAAAGCGAAGAUGAGGAGGAUACUCAGAGUUCUAAAUCAGAAGAGCAGCAUAUGUACUCCAAUCCCAUCAAAGAAGAAAUGCCUGAAUCCAAGUCAUCAGUCAAGUACUCUGAAAUGAGUGAAGAAAAGCGUGCCAAACUCAGAGAGAUUGAGCUUAAGGUGAUGAAAUUUCAAGAUGAGUUGGAGUCUGGAAAAAGACCCAAGAAACCAGGCCAGAGUUUUCAGGAACAGGUUGAACACUAUAGAGACAAACUUCUUCAAAGGUUGUUUUUAAUAACUCAGGAAAAAGAAAAGGAGCUGGAAAGAGAACGAGAGAGAGACAAGAAAGACAAGGAAAAAUCUGAAUCCAGAUCCAAAGACAAGAAGGAAAAAGAAGAAUGUACACCAACAAGAAAAGAGAGGAAAAGACGACACAGUACAUCACCCAGUCCAUCUCGCAGCAGUGGCAGUAGACGAGCAAAAUCCCCGUCACCAAAAUCGGAGCGCUCAGAGCGAUCUGAAAGAUCCCACAAAGAGAGCUCACGUUCCAGGUCAUCUCACAAAGAUUCUCCUAGAGAUGUCAGUAAAAAAGCCAAACGAUCACCAUCUGGCUCAAGGACACCCAAAAGAUCAAGAAGGUCACGAUCCAGGUCCCCUAAAAAGUCAGGGAAAAAAUCCAGGUCGCAGUCCCGUUCUCCACACAGAUCUCACAAGAAGUCAAAGAAAAGCAAACACUGACAAAAUGUUCAUAUUUUUUAUGAUGGUGUCACUUACUGGAAAUGCGGUUUUGUUUUUGUGCCUGAACAGUCUGUUUAAAAAACAAAAAAAUCAAACAAAAAAGCAUUCCUGAAUUUUUUGUGAAUGCAUGUGUAUACUCAUGAGUAACUGCAUCUGUAGACCUGUCAUUGUUUUAUAUUGUACAAAAUAUCUUCAUUGUGACUAUUUCCCCAAAUGAAACAUUUUUGUGUUUAGAGAUUUCAUCAGAAAUGUGUGUAUCUGAUCUGCUGGCGGUAGUGAUAUUUUUGUUUUAGAAUGUUGUGACAUAGCAAAAAUAACACAAAUGUUUUCCCCUUUUUGUAGCUUUGACAAUUUGAAUUAGAUUUCAAAUAAAAUCUGAACAGAAAUUUAAAA